AUGUUGCAUUUUGAAGAUGCCAAAGAAACUUAUUCCUAUCAAUUUGAUUGUGGAAUGAAUGUCGUGAUCCCUUUAAUGAAAAGAACUCAAAUGGGAGACGAGGAGUAUGUGUUGAUCAAGAAUAUUGUAUUGUUUAGUUCAGAUCUCGACUACAAGGAAAACAGUGUGGAAAUAAUUCGUAAAGCCUUCAAGAAGUACGCAAACAUUUUGCUCGAGCAUCUCAAGUCGAGGUACAACGAUGAAAAUCAAGUGAUCGCAACGUUCAACGAUCUUAUGAUGAUACCCAGAUGUAUGCAGAGUUUGGGUGAAAAAAUGAAUCGACACUACUCAUCACUUGUGCUCACAAAUUGUGGAAAUGUUCGCGGCUCGCUAUCCGAAGAGAUAUUUUGGCGGUUA